UGAAUAGUGAUGCCCACACAUUUAAUUGAAAGGCCAAAAAUUCCCCAUAAUCCCAUCCAUAUACCUUACCAAAAUUCAUGACCAUUGAUUCUAGCUUACCAAACUUCAUGACCAUUGAUUCAAUUAAGAUGAGGAAGGUAUGUUACUAUAAAUAGCACCCCAAAGAGUUGCCUAGGCCUCUCACCUCAAGUGGCAAUCACAAACACAAUAAUUUAACUAGGGAGCAAAGACUAAACAACAAAGAAAAUGGCUUCUUCUAUGAUUUCUAACGUUGCGGUCGCAACCACCGCGAUUAGCCAAGCUAGCAUGGUGGCUCCCUUCAAUGGGUUGAAAUCCAUUGCAUCCUUCCCAAUCACUAAAAGGUCUAGCAAUGACUUCUCUUCCCUUCCUAGCAAUGGUGCAAGAGUCCAAUGCAUGCAGGUGUGGCCACCUGUUGGCAAGAAGAAGUUCGAGACCUUGUCGUACCUUCCACCUCUUACUGAGGCGCAAUUGUUGGCUCAAGUUCAAUACCUUCUCAACAAGGGAUGGAUUCCCUGCAUAGAGUUUGAGUUGGAACAUGCAUUUGUAUACCGUGAGAACCACAGGUCACCUGGAUACCAAGAUGGUCGUUACUGGACAAUGUGGAAGUUGCCUAUGUACGGAUGCACUGAUCCGGUCCAGGUCGUGAACGAAGUACAGGAGGCCAAGAAGGCUUACCCUAGCGCCUUCAUCAGGAUCAUCGGGUUCGACAAUGUGCGCCAAGUCCAAUGCGUCAGUUUUAUUGCCUGCAAACCCCAAGGCUACUAAGUUUAUAUUUCAUUUCUUUUUUUUUCAUUUGCUAUUUGUAAGUUCCAUAAUGUAGUCAAUAGAGAUUUCUUCUGAAGAUGUCUCUUUUUUGUCUUUACCAAUGAGUAUCGGCAAAAAAUUUUGAAGAACCGUGUAAGCAAAUUUCCAUUAUAAAGAUUAUAAUUUCAUUA